AAGGGGGGCGCCACCGCGUGCGAUGACUGGAUGAUUUUUCUAGCAAAUGCGCUGCUUAGGAUUGGAUUAUUCAUGCUGACAGCUUCGAGAAGAACGUGGGCCCCGCAGCUGCAGACGGGAAUGGGUCCGCCGGUACGGAUGGAGUACCUGACAGGGGGGGCCUCUGUGACGCAAGAGGGCCAUAGGCUAGCCCGAAAAUCGGGGGAUCAUCGGCUGCGGAACGGAAGCCAACUUCAACUUCCCUUCCCCAGACCACGAUCAAGGUCACUUCAUAUCGAAACUCAAUAUUGCAGGUGCGAAGUGAAAGUUUUAUGUGAAUUGUUGGUCUUGCGAAUCGAUACAGGCGACCGUAGAGGCCCGGCAUCAGGUGCUCAGGUCAUUGCUCCUUGGAUUUGCUCAAGAUGAAAUCAUCUUCAAGAAUAAGUAGAUGUUCCGUUGUGCUAGACUCGGGUAAUUCGCUAUCUACCAGAUACCUCAUGGUCCAUACAAGUUCCCGCGUCAGGCCUUUCACUUUCAAAAUUCCUUGUCGAAGCUGUAUAGCAAUUACCAAAGCCUCGAUACUCAGACGCGGUGGAGAUGGCAAUUGUGAAUUAUCAAAAGGGGGGGGGAAACCUCAGGUGCCCAGUCCGG